AUGUUAGACAAAACAGACAAUACGGCUUGGCCAGCUAACGGUACAUCAGAGUGCGGAAUACCUGAACACAUGGAAAAUAUCGAUGAACAUCGAGAUGAAUCAUCAAUAACGUGCUUAAGAGAAAUACAUUGCUGGAUAGAGAAAAAGUUGUUCUAUUUACUGAUCGUAUCAAUUCUUCAUAAAAUAUUAAUCGAUGAUGAUAAUCGUGAUCUUGUUCAUCAUUUAUUAAUGUAUGAAUGCACAACAGCUGUAUUUGAUGAUGAAAAUUUACUAGACGGAUUAUAUCGUUGUGAUAAUAUUGGCAUCAAAUUUUAUUUAAGUUCAGCAUUAAGACAAUAUAAUUUAGGUCUUCUAACAUUUGCUUCAAAUACACUUGGUAUUGCUAUUCCACCCAAUUAUGAUCGCUCUUACAUUGACUCAUAUUGUAUUGCAAACUUUUCAAAAGAAGUAAAUAGCAUGUUUGAAGUCCACGAUCCGGUGUAA